CCUAUUGGUUAAGAGUGCCCCAGCGCGUCCAAUCACCGGAGGACUACUCUGUUCAGCGUGACACCACAGCCAAUGGCAGAGGAGAGAGGGGCGGGCUUACUUCGUUUCGGUCUCUCAGAAUAUUUUUUCACCUGAAGGAGAGAGGAGGAGGCCGGCGCAGCUGAAUUAACGAGAAUUUGUUCAGAAGACAAAACUGGAUUAUCCUUGUAAAGAGAAGAUUUAAUGAUGGAGCCUGUCCAUAUUAAAGAGGAGAGUCCUGUACUAGAAUCAGUCCAUAUUAAAGAGGAGAGUCCUGUACUAGAAUCAGUCCAUAUUAAAGAGGAGAGUCCUGUACUAGAAUCAGUCCAUAUUAAGAAGGAGAGUCCUGUACUAGAAUCAGUCCAUAUUAAAGAGGAGAGUCCUGAACUAGAAUCAGUCCAUAUUAAAGAGGAGAGUCCUGUACUAGAAUCAGUCCAUGUUAAAGAGGAGAGUCCUAUACUAGAAUCAGUCCAUGUUAAAGAGGAGAGUCCUGUACUAGAAUCAGUCCAUAUUAAAGAGGAGAGUUAUGUUCUAGAAUCAGUCCAUAUUAAAGAGGAGAGUCCUGUACUAGAAUCAGUCCAUAUUAAAGAGGAGAGUCCUGUACUAGAAUCAGUCCAUAUUAAAGAGGAGAGUCCUGUACUAGAAUCAGUCCAUAUUAAAGAGGAGAGUCCUGAACUAGAAUCAGUCCAUAUUAAAGAGGAGAGUCCUGUACUAGAAUCAGUCCAUCUUAAAGAGGAGAGUCCUAUACUAGAAUCAGUCCAUGUUAAAGAGGAGAGUCCUGUACUAGAAUCAGUCCAUAUUAAAGAGGAGAGUUAUGUUCUAGAAUCAGUCCAUAUUAAAGAGGAGAGUCCUGUACUAGAAUCAGUCCAUAUUAAAGAGGACAGUCCUGUACUAGAAUCAGUCCAUAUUAAAAAGGUUAUUCUCAUUUAUAAACCCUUAAGCAGCUUGCAGGGCUCUCUUACCUGUGGUGACUGUGGGAAGAGGUUCAGUCUGUCAGGCGCAUUGAAAAGACACCAGAAAAUCCACACAGGAGAGAAGCCACAUCACUGUAAUGACUGUGGGAAGAGUUUCAGAUAUUCACAAAACCUGAAACUUCACCAGCGAAUCCACUCUGGAGAGAAACCAUAUGUCUGUGCUGACUGUGGGAAGAGUUUCAUGCAUUUGCAAAGCCUCAAACUUCACCAGCGAAUCCACACUGGAGAGAAACCACAUGUCUGUGUUGACUGUGGGAAGAGUUUCACACAGUCACAAAGCCUGAAACGUCACCAGCGAAUCCACACUGGAGAGAAACGAUAUGUCUGUGCUGACUGUGGGAGGAGUUUUACACAGUCAGUCUGCUUGAAACGUCACCAGCAAAGCCACACUGGAAAGAAACCAUAUGUUUGUGCUGACUGUGGGAAGAGUUUCAUGCACUCACAAAGCCUGAAACUUCACCAGCAAAUCCACACUGGAGAGAAACCACAUGUCUGUGCUGACUGUGGGAAGAGUUUCAAUCAGUCAAGCGCAUUGAAAACACACCAGCGAAUCCACACAGGAGAGAAGCCACAUCACUGUAAUGACUGUGAGAAGAGUUUCAUGCACUCACAAAGCCUGAAACUUCACCAGCAAAUCCACACUGGAGAGAAACCACAUGUCUGUGCUGACUGUGGGAAGAGUUUCAAUCAGUCAAGCACAUUGAAAAGACACCAGCGAAUCCACACAGGAGAGAAACCAUAUGUCUGUGCUGACUGUGGGAAGAGUUUCAAUCAGUCAGGCUAUUUGACAAAACACCGGCGAACCCACAGAGGAGAGAAAGCGGAUGUCUGUGCUGAUUGUGGGAAGAGUUUCAGUCAGUCCUGCUAUUUGAAAAUGCACCAGCAAAUUCACACUGGACAGAAACAAUAUGUCUGUUCUGACUGUGGGAAGAGUUUCAGUGGGUCAGGCACAUUGAAAAGACACCAGCAAAUCCACACAGGAGACAAACCACAUGUCUGUGCUGACUGUGGGAAAAGUUUCAAUCAGUCAGGCUAUUUGAAAAAACACUGGCGAACCCACAGAGGAGAGAAACCAUAUGUCUGUGCUGAGUGUGGGAAGAGUUACAGAGAUUUACAAAACCUGAAAAUUCACCAGAGAAUUCACACAGGAGAGAAACGGCAUCCAUGUAGUAGAUGUGGGAAGAGUUUCAGUCAGUUAGCAUAUCUUAAAAUCCACCAGUUAAUUCACACAGGAGAGAAGCCACAUCACUGUAAUGACUGUGGGAAGAGUUUCAGACAGUCUGGCAACUUAAAAAUUCACCAGCGAAUCCAUACUGGAGAGAAACAACAUGUCUGUGCAGACUGUGGAAAGAGUUUCACAGAUUUACGAAAUCUGACACUUCACCAGCAAAUCCACACUGGAGAGAAACCAUAUGUCUGUGCUGACUGUGGAAGGAGUUUCAGGAUGUUACAAACCCUGAAACUUCACCGGCGACUCCACACUGGAGAGAAACCACAUCACUGUAAUGACUGUGGGAAGAGUUUCAGAUGGAUGUACAGCUUGACAAUGCACCAGCUAUUCCACACAGGAGAGAAUCCUUAUCAGUGCUCUCACUGUGGGAAGUCUUUUAAUGCUUCCAGUUCUCUUGAAAGACACAAAUGCAAGUUGUGAAAGUUUAGGCAGAAUGUUAGUGUGUGUUCAUUCACCCGCACUCAAUAUAAAAACUGUGAGAACUCUGGUGAAUAUCUACAGAUGAUACAGAUUUAUCAAUAUUAAACACAGUGCUCUGAAGCCGUUACAUUAUAAAAUACAUUCUUAGUUUGCAAUCCGUCGAAUAUACAGACGCCUCGGAGCGUUGUGUGAUACGAGGCGAAGCCGAGUGCCUCCAACCCCUGAGAAGUCUGUAUAUUCAACGCAUACGGUGUGGGAGAAAGUCAUAGUUGUAAUUGAAUGUACUUUAUAAAAUGACAUUUCAAAUCUUAAACUGUGAGUCUUAAGAUGCUGUGAUGUUAAUUAAGUGUGUCUUCCCCCAACCUUCUCCCAUAACAUUCGAAAUCUGCUUCAAAGGACUGGAUAUUAAUAACAGAGGGUCGUAAAUAUUUAAAAUGGUUUUAGUUCAGAUUACCUGCCAGUCUGUUCUGGUAACAAAUAAGUAAUAACAUACCUGAUUUAAAUAGGUUUUAGAAUCAUUUUAAUAAAGAAUGUGGUUUCCCAAUAUAUUGAAAUGUUUAUUGUGUUUUAAUGAAGUUUAAAUUGAAAGUAAUUCUUACAUCAUUUUACUUUAAUUAUUGUAUAACAUGUUUAACAUUUUUAUCCUUCUGUGAUCAAUUUAACUAGCUGUCACAAAAUGAAGUUGAGUUCUAUAAAUGUUACGAAUCCUGUUCUAUCUAUCUCUCUUUCUCCAUGGAGGAGAGUCACUCUGUGUUAAUGACACACAUUGCUUUUGUAAAAGGAAGCGUCAUUCAAACUUUGUAAGCCAAUGAAAGGACUGAUUUCGGUCAGGGAUUAAAAGUGAUUGGAUCACCAAAGUAAACUCCUCUUUGGGCGCUAUAUUUAAAUCAAAACAUGCAUGAACUCGUUCUCUUGGAUUCAGACUCAUCUCGCCAUGAAGUAACCAUUGAGCCUUCGCUUGCAAUGGGGACCCAUUCAAGCAUCGUACAUAUCUUCAUCCUGAAGAAGACUGCUCGCCGCUACACCCUUUGUUUUUCAACAAGAACCACAUCUCCAGAAUAAGUACUACAUUUGAAAGACAUUAAGAUUCAGUAAAAUACUAUGUGUAGAAAAAUCUACAUGCAAACCGGAAGUAAAAAACAUUUAAUACAGAAUAACACUUUGUGACAAAAAUACAAACAAUUCUACUCUGAACAAUUGAAAGAAGAUAAGACUUUAACUGAACUGAUGCUACUGUGUGCAUUUGAAAACAAUGUGAACGUCUGAACCAUUUAAACAUUGAUUGAGUUUAUCUACAAGUUCUGAAGUAACUCUAGAAUACAACUUCAUACUAAAUACAAUUGAAGCUGCUUCCCAACUGAACUUGUUGAAACAAAAAUGCCGUCUUCAUUUGAACCCACACAACAGACGCUGCUUCACCCCGUCACUGUGUGUAAUGUGCGUGAAUCCUGCGUGUGCGUGUACGGAAACACACGGAGGACAGCGUGCUCAUGGAAAUAUGUGUUUCCAUGUUUGAUUCCUGCUUGUGUACUUAUAAUUCUGAUACCAUGAUAUAUAAUUUCUGUAUCCUUCUUACUUUUGUGAGCCUUAAUAAACAUAAUCAUUUUUA